AUGGUUCAGCUGGAAGUCCAUCUGCAGGUUCUGCUGUUGGUUGGCUUGGUGACAUUCUGUCUCUGUCUAAUCCUGGGUUGUGUGUUGUGCUGGAAGAGGAGUAAGACCUGUCCUCUCCAAGACCAGGAGCCUAGAACACCACCACCACCUGGUGACACCAUGACCCUGGGAGUCCAGGCACAGAGACCCGCUUCACCUCAUCCUCCCCAGGCAGGGACCACCACAACCAGGCAGCAGGACGAGGAUCUAGACGGGGAGGUGGUGGAUUACCCCACCACCUUCAGCAGCUCUACUCCCUCCGAUGACGACUUCACCACCCUUCCCCUCUCCUCCCAUCGCUCCUCCCGUGGAUCCUCCUCCGAGCACAAGGAGCAGCAUUCCAAGUCCUACUUCCCCCUGCGUCGUCUAUCCACACCCUCCAUCGCCUCCCCGCACUACAAGCCCAUGAACUCCCACCAUGGCGGUGGACGCUCCUCUUUCCCCUCCCUCCCUCGUCUGGGUCUCAUCUCCAAGACUCGCCAGACUCUGGAGCGGAGUUGCUCCAUCACGGGACACAGCCUGUACAGCGAGCGCAGAAGACUCACCAGUACAUCCUCAUACCAUACUCCUUCCACCUGCGCCCCCGAGGAUGGCCACUUCGCCCCCAUCCCACUCCACACCCUCCACUACGGGUCCAGCUGCAGAGCACCAGCUCGGCCGGCCCCAACCCUCCACUUCACCAUGUCCUUCUCCUCAGAGAAAGGCACCCUGAGCAUCACGGUCCUCAGCCUGACCGGAACCACUCACCGCCUGGGGGAGGUGUCUGUGAUGGCCAACCUAGCCCCUCUGUGCCCCUGCCCGCUCCAGGCCUCCACCCUCUGUAGCCCCAGCCUUAGCCCCAACUCCAGCCUUAGCCCUGGGCCUAAUCCGGACCCCCACACCCUGGGCUUGACCAUGAAGGCUGGUUCCCUGGAGGAACUUCAGCGCUGUGUGCUCAGACUGGUCGUGUACACACGAAACCUACCCAGCCUGAGGGGCUCUCUGCUGGGUGAACUAGAGAUACAGCUGCGGGGAAAGGACUGGAAGACAGAUCAUUCCAUCUAUUGUACUAAGGAGCUUAGCCCCAAGAAGUGGAAGCUAAAAAAGGUAGUCCCCAUGCAGAGCCUGACCUCCCAGGAUGCGGCGACCAGUAGAGGACUGAGCCUCAGCCCACAGGUCCAGGGUCAGCUGUUUAUUCUGCUCCAGUAUCAGACCCUGGCCCACCGCGUCAAGGCCAUGGUCCUCCAAGCAGAUAACCUGGCCAACCUUACACCAGACUCCCAUGUGGUGAUCAACCUGCGUCAUGACGGGUUGGUGAUCGGAACCCAAGAGACCAAGGGUGUGGGCGGGGCCAACACCCCCUUCCUGUUUGACCUGCCCCCUGGUGAUGUGACUACGCUGCCCCUCGUGAUGGAGUUCAUUGUCAUGCAGGAGCACGUGUACUCCAAUAACACGGUGCUGGGGAGAGUUCUGAUUGGUCCAGAGGCUCCAGAGACGGGACGUUCUCAUUGGAGGGACAUGUGUAGCCAGGGUCAGGUGGAGAGGGCCCGCUGGCACACCGUCGAACAAGAACCUUUGGAAAACAAUACAAAACAAUCAGACUCCAGAACAUUGGGAUACUAAACUAAUAACAGGACAGAUCCGGCUUGGGCCGGAUUACCGAAUGGGCACGCAGGAUUACCGGCCCCCCAGAUAGUUUAUGAUAGUAAAAUGUGUAAAAUAGCAGAAAAUUUGCUUCAAAACGGCAACAUUUUCUCAUAGCCUAGAUCCAACCAAUUACACUCCAGAAUUCUGAGAUACUGACCAACCAGAACCUCUAUAGGACAUCAUCAGCCAAUCUCUGAUGUACUCUGGACAAUUCAACCAGUUCACCUUUGGCCCUGAUGGACUCUGAGACAGCCAUACCAUGAGAAAAUCCAUUGGCUAGAAAGCCAUGAAGACCUCUUCCCACCAACAUUUUCCUGGGAUUGAGCAGAUCAUAGACUGCUAAUAUAGCUGGAUGGAGUGAUACUGUACCAUCUGGUGAGCAUGUGAGCAUGACUGGAAGUGAACGUGAGCAUGACUGGAAGUGAACGUGAGCAUGACUGGAAGUGAACGUGAGCAUGACUGGAAGUGAAUGUGAGCAUGACUGGAAGUGAACGCGAGCAUGACUGGAAGUGAACGCGAGCAUGACUGGAAGUGAACGCGAGCAUGACUGGAAGUGAACGCGAGCAUGACUGGAAGUGAACGUGAGCAUGACUGGAAGUGAACGCGAGCAUGACUUUUUGGAGAGACACUUGAAAAGGAAAACUUGCAUGCUUUAAACUGGCAUUUGAACUGGAGAAUACAAGCAUUGAAUAUGAUAUAAUCAUACCGCUUGGUGGAGGUACUGUAGCUGUGUACUGUAAAUACACUACAUGACCAAAAGUAUGUGCUCGUCAAACAUCUCAUUCCAAGAAUAGGCAUUAAUAUGGAGUUGGUCCCCCCUUUGCAGCAAAACAGUUUCCACUCUUCUGGGAAGGCGACUUUCUACUAGAUGUUGGAACAUUGCUGCGGGGACUUUCUUCCAUUCAGCGACAAGAGCAUUAGUGAGGUCGGCACUGAUGUUGGGCGAUUAGGCCUGGUUCGCAGUCAGCAUUCCAAUUCAUCCCAAAGGUGUUCGAUGGGGUUGAAGUCAGGGCUCUGUGCAGGCCUGUCAAGUUUUUCCACACCAAUCUCGACAAACCCAUUUCAUGAAGCUCCUAACGAACAGUUAUUGUGCUGUCAUUGCUUCCAGAGGAGGUUUGGAACUCGGUAGUGAGUGUUGCAAGUGACGACAGAAGAUUUUUAAGCACGCUUCUGCACUCGUCGGUCCCAUUCUGUGAACGUGUGUGGCCUACCACUUCAGGACUGAGCCGUUGUUGCUCCUAGACGUUUCCAUUUCACAAUAACAGCACUUACAGUUGACCGGGGCAGCUCUAGCAGGGCAGAAAUUUGAUGAACUGACUUGUUGGACUUGUUGGCAUCCUAUGACGGUGCCACGUUUAAAGUCACUGAGCUCUUCAGUACGGGCCAUUCUACUGCCAAUGUUUGGCUAUGGAGAUUGCAUGGCGGUGUGCUGGAUUUUAGAAUCUACUAAUUUGAAGGGGUGUCCACAUACUUGUCUUGAGAUGUUGCUUCAAUAUAUCCACAUAAUUUUCCUCCCCUCAUGAUGUCAUCUAUUUUGUGAAGUGCACCAGUCCCUCCUGCAGCAAAGCACCCCCGCAACAUGAUGCUGCCACCCCCGUGCUUCACAGUUGGGAUGGUGUUCUUCGGCUUUCGAGCUUCCCCCUUUUUCCUCCAAUCAUAACGAUGGUCAUUAUGGCCAAACAGUUUUAUUUUUGUUUCAUCAGACCAGAGGACAUUUCUUCAAAAAGUACGGUCUUUGUCCCCAUGUGCAGUUGCAAACCAUAGUCUGGCUUUUUUAUGGCGGUUUUGGAGCAGUGGCUUCUUCCUUGCUGAGCGGCCUUUCAGGUUAUGUUGAUAUAGGACUCGUUUUACUGUGGAUAUAGAUACUUUUGUACCUUGUACUAUUUAUACUUGCGUACUAUUGUUUGUACAGGUGAACGUGGUACCUUCAGGCGUUUGGAAAUUGCUCCCAAGGAUGACCCAGACUUGGCUGAUUUAUUUUGAUUUUCCCAUGAUGUCAAGCAAAGAGGCACUGAGUUUGAAGGUAGGCCUUGAAAUACAUCCACAGGGAAACCUCCAAUUGACUCACAUGCUUCUGUCAGAAGCUUUUAAAGCCAUGACAUCAUUUUGUGGAAUUUUCCCAGCUGCUUAAUGGCACAGUCAACUUAGUGUAUGUGAACUUCUGACCCACUGGAAUUGUGAUAAAGUGAAUUAUAAAUGAAAUAAUCGGUCUGUAAACUAUUGUUGGAAAAAUUACUUGUGUCAUGCGCAAAGUAGAUGUCCUAACCGACUUGCCAAAACUAUAAUUUGUUAACAAGAAAUUUGUGGAAUGGUUGAAAAAUGAGUUUUAAUGACUCCAUCCUAAGUGUAUGUAAACUUCCGACUGCAACUGCACCAGUCAAAAGUUUGGACACACCUACUUGUUCAAGGGCUUUUCUGCUGGUUGAGAGAAUACCAAGAGUCUGCAAGGCUGUCAUCAAGGCAAAGGGUGGCUACUUUGAAGAAUCUCAAAAAUAAAAUAUAUGUUUUUGUUACUACAUGAUUCCAUAUGUUAUUUCAUAGUUUAUAUGUCUCACUAUUAUUCUACAAUGUUGAAAAUAAAGAAAAAACCCUUGAAUGAGUAGGUGUGUCCACAUUUCU